AUGGUUGGAACGCUCAAUGAAUUUGAGGUGCAAAUGGGGGUUCAAGAAGAAAAGGCUUACCUUGGUGCUCAGAAUGUUACUCCUAAAAUUUUGAGCGAGAUAUUGGAAUCACAAAAGUACGAUCAGGAGGUAGCAUUCAUCAAGGCACAAAUGGAAUCUAGUGAAACCAUACCUGGUUGGGAAAUUCACACUGAUGGGAGUUUGAAAUAUCAAGGUCAAAUGUUCGUGCCAAGCGAUAACUCACUAAGGGAAAAGGCACUCAAGGAAUUCCACCAUUCAGUAUUCGUAAUACAUCUGGAAUGUACUAAGAUGUACCAAGACUUAAAACACCAAUAUUGGUGGGGCAGAAUGAAAAAGGAUGUAGCGAAGUUUGUGUCUCAGUGCUUGACAUGUCAGCAAAUAAAGGCUGAACAUCAAAGACAGGCAGGAACACUUCAACCCUUACUACUCCCGGAGUGGAAAUGGGAAUACAUAACCAUGGAUUUCGUGACGGGUUUGGCUCGAUCACCACAGGGACAUGACGGCAUAUGGGUAGUGGUAGAUCGACUAACUAAGACAGCCCGAUUCUUAUUUGUUGGGUCAUCAGAUACAUUGGAUUCACUUAGUAGAUUGUUCAUCAAAGAAGUGAUCAGAUUACAUAGAGUACCAGUUAGCAUCGUGUCUAAUUGUGAUCCUCUAUUCACUUCUCAAUUUUGGCAGAGCUUGCAGAAGGCAAUGGAAACGAACCUAUGCUUUAGCAUGACAUUUCACCCACAAACCGAUGGGCAGUUUGAAAGGACGAUACAAACCUUGGAGGAUAUGCUUCGAGCUUUUGUUGUGGAUUCUAAUGGAAGUUGGGAGAAACACUUACCUCUCGUUGAGUUUGCUUACAACAAUAGCAACAACUUGAAGAAAAUUCUGAUCUCAGUCGACGACGCAGUCCUUUUAGAAAUUAGGACUGCACUCAAGUUUUUUGGCCUUCCAAACAUACAGAAGCAAGGGAGAGCCGCCCAUAUACUCUUGAGGUACGAGACAACUUACAUUACGUUCUCGGCCGCGGAAAACAUUCUGAUCCCAUCUGAUGAACAACGUUUUACGGCUCUUGUCUUCCCUCGCUUCAAAAACCUUAGGCAAAUUGGUUUUGAAGCUUCUGAUUUGGAGCAAGACAUAGAGCCAGCGGUCGAGGUGAUUGCCGAACCAACGAAAGAGUUUGCCGUGGAAGCCGAAAAGGUCGACGAGGCUCUAAACUCAGCGUUCGAGGCAGCCGGCCUUAACCAGUCUAACUCUCCGUCCAUUUCGGGUAGGGGGAAUUUUCUUUCAGAGAUAUUUUUACUGACAGUCGGAAGGAUAACUGAGAUAGGCCAGCGCCAGCACGACGCCAUCGAACAAAUUGGCCAUUUAAGAUUGGAGGUUAAGGGCGAAAGGAGUAGGGCCGAGUUCGAGGUGGCGAGGGCGACGAUGGAAAGUGCAAGGGCAGAUGCCGAGAUAGAAAGAGCGAGAAAUGUUGAACAGCAAAGAUUGGUCACCGAGCAAAGGGCAAACGCGAGCGAUGAAGCACUCAAGUCAGCCCAAGAGGUGAUUGCUAGGCUAGAGACCGAAUUGGAAGAAUCGAAGAAUGCAAAAGAAAAGCCGACUCCAAGACUUCCAAGGCGUACGAGGCUGGGCAAGGCGCCGCCCUUGCAAAUUACGCGGUGGAAGUUCCCAAAUUUGAGAACUGGGGAUUCAAGCACGGCUGGCUCAAAGCCCUUGCUGCUGCAAAUAUGA